GCUGAGCUUGGCGGGCACGUGAGCUGCCGGGCAGGGAGCCGUGGCCUGCGGAGCCCGCCCCAGAGACUCUCCUAGAACCACUCUCCGUGCCCGCGCCCCACCUACAGCUCCCAGGGAAUGUCCUCCUGCCUCCGCACGAAACCAGAUGCACACAGUCCAGCUCACGGGCAGCACUCAGAUUUGGGAAUUAUCACUCACUUAAGGACAGAGAAACCACAGGACUCCAGGGGGCCGCUGCCCUGAUUCGGGGAGCCAGACGCGUCUUGCCCGAGGGCUGCUCAGCCGUGCGGUCCUUCAGCCUGGAUUGCUGAACCUGAACCACAAGAACUUCUUCCAGGUUUGCUGGCAUGGGAAACCUGCUCAAGGUCCUGACCAGGGAAAUUGAAAACUACCCACAUUUUUUUCUGGAUUUUGAAAAUGCCCAGCCCACAGAGGGAGAGAGGGAGAUAUGGAACCAGAUCAGUGCCGUCCUCCAAGACUCCGAGAGCAUCCUCGCGGACCUGCAGGCGUACAAGGGCGCGGGGCCCGAGAUCCGAGACGCAAUUCAAAACCCCAAUGACAUCCAGCUUCAAGAAAAAGCUUGGAACGCAGUGUGUCCUCUGGUUGUGAGGCUAAAGAGGUUUUAUGAGUUUUCCAUAAGGCUAGAAAAAGCACUUCAGAGUUUAUUAGAAUCUCUGACCUGUCCCCCCUACACGCCAACCCAACACCUGGAGCGGGAGCAGGCCCUGGCAAAGGAGUUUGCGGAAAUUCUGCAUUUUACCCUUCGAUUCGAUGAGCUGAAGAUGAGGAACCCAGCUAUUCAGAACGACUUCAGCUACUACAGGAGGACAAUAAGCCGCAAUCGCAUCAACAACAUGCACCUAGACAUUGAGAAUGAGGUCAAUAAUGAGAUGGCCAAUCGAAUGUCCCUCUUCUAUGCAGAAGCCACGCCGAUGCUGAAAACCCUCAGCAAUGCCACAAUGCACUUUGUCUCCGAAAACAAGACCCUCCCAAUAGAGAACACCACGGACUGCCUCAGUACGAUGACGAGUGUCUGUAAAGUCAUGUUGGAAACGCCGGAGUACAGGAGUAGGUUUACGAGCGAAGAAACGCUGAUGUUCUGCAUGAGGGUGAUGGUGGGGGUCAUCAUCCUCUACGACCACGUCCACCCUGUGGGAGCUUUCUGCAAGACGUCCAAGAUCGAUAUGAAAGGCUGCAUAAAGGUUUUGAAGGAACAGGCCCCGGACAGUGUGGAGGGGUUGCUGAAUGCCCUCAGGUUCACUACAAAGCACUUGAAUGAUGAAUCGACGUCCAAACAGAUUCGAGCAAUGCUCCAGUAAGCUCCGCUCCGAGAAGAGGAUCUCUGUACUGACCUCAGAAGAUGUAUAUGUUUACAUAAUUUAAUACAGAUUGAUGUUAAGACCUGUGUAUUUACAUAACCGUUUCCUUCUUGUCACUGAAAUAUACGGACCUUCAUUUGUAUCCUCACUGACUCAACCCAGCAGAGCAUAAGUUGAUUGAGAGCCUUACCUUUGAUGUCUGAGACAGAACCCCUCCUCCAAAGGCAGAACUUGGAGACGUUGAACUUUGCCCCUGGGGUCCUUUAACUACACCUGUAACAACCCGCAAUUGCUAAUAGUU